GGGACAACCUAUUUCUUCCAUCUACAUUCUUACAGACAGUACCCACCGCUACUCUCUCUCUACUCUCUCUCUCUUCUCAAUUUGAUUCAAAACAAAAUAUAAUAACAUUCAUCUUUUUCAAUUCUCAUAAUUUUCCUGCAACACUUCACUUCACUUCAACCCAAACAAAACCAAUGCAAUUCAUUUUCUAACACACACACACAAAAAAUCAUGUCAGUAUACGACGCCGCUUUUGUCGAUACCGAGCUUUCGAAACGCACUUCCAUCUUCGGUCUCCGUCUUUGGGUCGUCAUCGGAAUCCUCGUUGGAUCCCUCAUCGUUCUCUCUCUAUUCCUCCUAUCUCUCUGCCUCACCUCUCGCCGUCGCCGCCACCACAACCGCCACAACGCUGCCAAACUCUGCCACCCCACCCCCCUCGUCUCCAAGGAAAUUCAGGAGAUCGUUCACCUCCCGCCGCUGCCGGAGAUCCACCUCGACGUUCCCAAGGUUCCGGUGCUCUCCAGCGGGGAGAGCAAGGGAACCAAUAGCGCGUGCGACACCACGUCGUCGCUGGCGAGUGGGAGUGUGGGGCCUGAAGUGUCGCAUCUUGGGUGGGGGAGAUGGUACACUCUCAGGGAACUUGAAGUUGCCACUGAUGGGUUGCGUGAAGAGAACGUUAUUGGUGAAGGUGGCUAUGGAAUCGUUUAUCGUGGCUUGCUCCCUGAUGGUACCCAAGUUGCUGUUAAGAAUCUUUUGAACAACAAGGGCCAAGCUGAGAGAGAAUUUAAAGUAGAGGUAGAAGCAAUUGGUCGCGUGCGGCACAAAAAUCUUGUUAGGUUGCUUGGAUACUGUGUUGAGGGGGCAUACAGGAUGCUUGUGUAUGAAUAUGUUGACAAUGGCAAUCUAGAACAAUGGCUGCAUGGGGAUGUUGGACCUGUAAGCCCUAUGACAUGGGAUAUCCGAAUGAACAUUAUAUUGGGCACAGCAAAAGGAUUGGCUUAUCUUCAUGAGGGACUUGAACCAAAAGUUGUCCACCGAGAUGUAAAAUCUAGUAACAUACUCCUUGACCGCCAUUGGAACCCAAAGGUUUCCGAUUUUGGGCUUGCUAAGCUCCUUUAUUCUGAGCAUAGUUAUGUCACCACUCGAGUGAUGGGGACAUUUGGUUAUGUUGCACCAGAGUAUGCCUGCACCGGAAUGCUUACUGAGAAGAGUGAUGUGUAUAGCUUUGGGAUACUUAUCAUGGAAAUAAUUACAGGAAGAAGUCCUGUUGAUUAUAGUAGACAACAAGGAGAGGUUAAUUUAAUAGAAUGGUUGAAAACUAUGAUUGGGAAUCGAAAAUCCGAGGAAGUAGUUGAUCCUAAGCUUUCUGAAAAGCCAUCUCCAAAGGCUCUUAAACGUGCUCUGUUGGUUGCUCUUCGAUGUGUUGACCCUGAUGCAGCAAAGAGGCCUAAAAUGGGACGUGUGAUUCACAUGCUCGAGGCUGAUGACCACUUAUUCCGUGAUGAACGAAGGAUUGGGGGAGAAUCUUCUAUGUCCCAUCGUGACUACCAACUAGAGCAUAAGGAUUCAAGCAUAGAUAGAAAGCGAAUAGGUGGAGAGAUCAGUGAUCAAAGUGAAGAUGAUAGUGGUGGUAGAUAUCAUCAUCAGCCUACUAGGUGGAGAUGAUUGUAGUCUUGUAAUUGAGAAGCAAUGUGCUAUAUUAUUUUUCUUAGUAGUUUGCCAAUAUUUAUAGUAGUUUUGCCAAUAUUUAUUUCUAUUUGAAUGAUGAAAGAAGAAAUUAGUUUUUUCCUCCCCUCCUAUUUGCAUUACUUCCCACUUUGUUACCUACCUCAAUUUGGGAUUCUUUGUAUACUCUCAUUCAUUACCAUAAAAAUGAAAAUGAUUUGUCUUCUGUUUAUAUGACAAAGUAGUAUAAGCAUUACAUAAAAUUGGUACUUUUUCCAUGUGUUCAAGAUAUAUCAUCAACCACCUUUGUCUCCCACAUUUUGUUUUUAGCAAUGCAUCCUGGUCCCAUCAUAUUGUGGCAUUUUGAGUGUAAUUGGUGGGGCCAGUUAGAUGCUUCUGAGCACUAGGCCUACCAUCCAGCUAUCUUGAUAGAAACAAUUUCAAUGCAUUAACAUCAUUGCCAACACCAUAGUUGGAUGCUUGUGGGAUAUGGACAUGCGGGCCUGCUAUUCAAUAUGAAAUGUACCUUCAACUUCAUGUCAUUCACCUUACAUUUCCCAAAUGGAGCAACAGCCAGUGAAAGCAGGGAAUUGUACAGGAAUUUGGUCAUGGAUUAAGGUUUCAUUGUCAAUGCCAGUGCAUGUUUUUUGUAUUAGAAAGUAACCGGCACUAAUUGGUGCCUGAUUGUGAAUCUAUAUUGGGGGUGCCCUUUUUUUUUGUCUCUUGCUACAUUCUUCAAUGGUUAGUUAGUUUCUUAUGACUUUGACUGGGCUCAUCUUGAAGUGCUUAACACUCUGUAGACUUAGAAAGUUUUUCAUUCGGUUGAUUGUCUUUCAUUUGUUAAUUUCUUUGUACUUUGGAACCUGACAUUGACUUGGGUUAGUAAUCAUGACACCAUCCAAGAAAGCUUUGUCAAAAUAAGGCAUUUGUCAAGCUACAUUGAGUAUUGACUUUUUGUCGAUUGUGGACCCUUUUG